CUAUUAUUUGAAUCUGAUCUGAAAUUGUGUGAGACGAAACCUUGUUAUUUCAGAAUCACGACCAUUCAAUCUGACCAUUACAUCUGAAAUGUAGCUGCAUUCUUUUGGGCUUUUCUUUUGGCCAUUGGGGUAGUUGACGUGACGCCCCCUUUUUUUGGUCCAUAAUGGCAAACAAUUUAAAUUGGUUAAAAUUGUGACAUAUUACUGAAAGCUUUGUGUGUUUAUUACACUUCAUGCCGUGUAUUUAUUUUCUUACUAUUUUGAACCAACGCGGUAAUUAUGCAAUGGUUUGACUGCCCCAUGUAAGGUUAUGGAACUUAAUGAAAACAUUUAAUAACAUUUCCUUCACCUACUCUUGUAUUUAUGACAUCUAUUUCAAGAAACAGUAAUCCUAGUCCCUAACAGUAGGCCUAGUCCAUUCAUGAUAUUCCCAAAUAGUUCUGAUUGAUUACACGUUAUCGUCAAAAUCAAUGUCCACAUGGUGUGACACAAUGUAGUCCUAAAAACCGGACAUGAAACAUCUGCUUCGUUCAGCCAUUCCUAUGGUCAAAAUGAUGUGGGUUUUGGGAUAAACGUUGAAAAUGCCGCGUUCAGUUCAUGUCGGAAACUCGGAAACUUCUGAUUUAAUAACUUAGGCGGAAGAGUCGGAUCCCGAGUUUCCCACUUGGGCGUUAUCAGAAUCAAUCAAUAGGAUGUUCUAUCUACGCAAAUAACUUAAUGUUAGUUUUAACACGGAGUUUCUGACAACUUGAACGCAGCAUAACACAGGUUUGGGGGGAUAUGUUAUACGUUUUGAAUUAUGAAGCCUUUUUGCUUUAUGUGCUUAUUUUGAUGACAUGAACGCUUCAAAAUGCACACAGAGGCGUUAACUCACGAAGGUUAUCUAAUAGAACAACAUGUAGAAAAUAUUCUAAACGUGUGUUAAAUGCAGACCAUAUUUUCGGGGUUUAUAAUUUAAAAAACUACAAAACCCCCGUUCAUUCAUUUCCCCAUAGGCUUUGGCCAACUAGCCAUAGUGGAGUUAGUCACCAUUAGUGACUACAAGAAGAAGCCAUUACUUUUGGUCUAUGUGAUUCUUCUUUCAGCUGUAUGAAGAACUACACGCAAAAUGUAUAUUGUCACCACUAACUGGACAGGGGUGAAAAAAUGUACAAAUGAAAAGUAAAUUCCAUACAAGGAAGGGGAAAUUAUCAUUUAAAGAGCGUCUGGCCCUAAAAACCAACGUGUAAAUAGUUGUGGUCAUAGUCAGUCUCGUAUCAAACGGAGUUUGAUCCUCAGUGGACCACAAUGAGUAAAUUAAGGUUGGGUUUGGAUUACAAUUAUGUCAACAAAUCAUUCCCCCUUUUGCGCAGCUCCACGUGCAAAUCGCCCCUCCGCUUCCCUUCAUUUAAUGGGGCACUGCUGUUGUUUCAUCGCCCCCAAACAACGCGUUCAAAGGAUCACGGCCUUUGGUUUGAGAUGUAAAAGCCCUAUACGGAUUGACCAUGUAAUGCAUAAUUCCAGCAGGAUGCACAGCCAACAACCAUUGUUUGCAUGCCCUGCCGAAGGACCCUAUCAUCAUGCGGGAUAUGUGGUUGGAGUUCGUUGGUCCCAAGUGGUGACAAAGUGCACAGUUGGGUGCCAGACUGAUCCCCUGGUCAUUAACGGAUGCUGGGACCUACCAGAAGGAGCAAAGCUUGUCAGCAAGAUCUUGGAAUAAAAGUGUGUCAUGCGACACAAGUAGGCUGAAACACAUCCGGCUAUGAUUGGGAGUCCCAUAGGGCGGUGCACAAUUGGCCCAGUGUCAUCUGGGUUUGACCGGGAUAGGCUGUUCAUUGUAAAUAAGAACUUGUUCUUAACUGACUUGCCUAGUUAAAAAAAAAAAAAACUUAAGUAUUCCUGUGAUCUUUCCUCGGUUGUCAGUCUAUCUCGACUCCUUUGAAAAGGACAGGAGGCCUCUGAUAGUGACUUGAGUUACUGCCCUGAUGAUACUGACGGCUUCAUCAACAACGACAAAUAAUGUGAAUUAUGUGAAAAGUUGUAUUCAAAUAUACCCAUCUUGAUAAACAAUUAGGCUAAUAACCCCAGCCAAGCAGAUACAACUAGUAGUCAUUUCUGUUGUGAAGUGCAUUAGAAAAAAGCUUUGUCCAUUUCUAAAGAACAAAAUUCAAUUUGCCACUUGGCAUUUGAUAGAUACUUUAUGUAAACUGACAUUAUUUGUGGAUUAUUUACAUAGAUGCAUACAAUGUCCAGGGCAUAACCUAGCCUGGUGGAACCAGCCUGAUUGCUGUGUUCACCAUUCGAUUUCAUUUCUGUGUGUGUGUGUGCGUGCGUGCGACCAGUAUCUUUGAUGAGAGGCCAGGAGCUGAUCUACGUUGCUAUGCCCAUCAAUGCGGCUCUGGAAAAGAGCUCAACUCCAGCCUCACCUCUUGCCUGCUCACCAAUGGUCAUCGAUGGGGAGGUCAGAAUUAGGAUGACCAAUGGGGGGAAGUCGACCAUGUCCAGUAGUCUGCACCUGCGGAUCCCCAACAGCUGCAUCAUAGCACAGGAUGCUUUCUUCAAGGUCCUCUCCCUCCUCCUCCUGUCUCCUCAAUUCAACUUCUUCAAGGAUGACUCUGUGAUAGCUGUGGACAGCAAUGGGUUCAAGCAGUAUGAUGUGCUUGAUGCGCUCCACAUGGACAGAAUGAUGAGCAAGAUUGAAUCAUGGCGGAAGGACCCCGGUUCAUUCCUAGCAUCUCAAAGUCUGAGAACACAAUGCUCUGUAGGAGAGGAGGUGUUUGUGCUCAUCGUCGAGGGCUUCUUGAUCUUCAACUACGGGCCCUUGAACGAAUUAAUGGACAAGAGAUACUUCCUUGAAAUUCCUUAUGACGUCUGCAAAGAGAGGAGAGGCUCGAGGGUGUAUACACCCCCUGACCUGCCAGGGUACUUUGACGGAUAUGUGUGGCCAAGGUACCUGAAAAACCGGCAAGAGAUGGAAGACAUGGUAUCGGAUAUUGUCUUUUUGGAUGGAUUGAAGUCAAAGGAGGACUUGCUGGAUUAUGUGUAUGGGGAUGUAACCAUGGAAAUACAGAGUCUCAUGGGGAAAGACUAAGCAGUUUGAUUUCUCAAACGGUUGCUGGAAUCGGGAAGAGUAAAAGAGACAAUGUGUUCAGAAACAGAUGUGUUGAAACUUAUACUAAUGUUUACAGCCACAGGAGAAAGACAGGACACACACACACACACACACACACACAGUGCAGAACAAACUUUCAUGUUAAAUCCAUGUUACUUUUACUCCAGUGAGGUAAAUCUUGUUUACAUAGUUUUUUAACUAAGAAAGUAUUUUUGCAAUCUACAGUACAUUUGUUUUGUUCAAUCUAUAAUGGUUAUGUACAUAGUUAAGGAGUGCAAAAUCUAUAAGCAGUGCAGACUCUUGACUAAAGUUAAUAUGGGCGGCAGGUAGCCUAGUGGUUAGAGCGUUGGACUAGUAACAGAGAGGUUUCAAGAUCGAAUUCCCGAGCUGACAAGGUAAAAAAUUAUUUUGUCCUGCCACUGAUCAAGGCAGUUAACCCACUGUUCCUAGGCCUUCAUUGAAAAUAAGAAUUUGUUCUUAAAUGACUGUUAUACUGCAGUGUUACAAAAAUAUUAUGGGCACUAUGAAAUUCCUGAGUUCCUGAGUAGUGCCAUGGCAGGACAUUAAUUGAUUAAAAGGUUGCUGAAGUGUGGUUUGGCUCUUAGCAUGCCAAUGAAAUAGUAGCUCACUUUUGCAUUGUUAAACAGUAUAAUGUACCAGACAUGGGUAUAAAUAAUAUGCCAUUUCACAAACGCUUUAACCCAAGCAACUUAGUCAUGCAUAGAUGUUUUUUGUAUGGGUGGUCCCAGGAAUCAAACCCAUUAUCCUGCCGUUGCAAGCGCCAUGCUCUACCAAUUGAGCCACAGAGGACCACCAUACAUACAGUUGAAGUCG